CGCUAAGCGCCGCUCCUGCAUCUGCAUUGGCUGGCUGGCAGCAACGACGCGCGCAUGCCUACUAGCUAGUAGUAGUACUACUUAACAGCUAGCCUUGGCUCCGGCUCCUGCUGUGCCCCGCAUCUGCAUCUGCCAAUCUUCUGUCAUGCACGCAGCGCAGUGCUCGUGCUCACUGACCGCCUAAGCUUGGCAUCGUGACGAGACGUCCUUGAUUGCGAGGCCACCAGCUGCCAGGUCCGGCGGCAAUGGGCAAGGCGGCGCGCUGGUUCCGCAGCUUCCUGGGCAAGAAGGACCAGGCAACCACCAAAGGCCAGAGGCGGCAGCAGGACCAGGCUCUGCCUCCUCCGGCCAGCGCCAAGCGCUGGAGCUUCGGCAAGUCGUCGCGGGACUCGGCGGAAGCGGCGGCGGCGGCGACAGCCGCCGCCGCGGUCGUCUCGCCCGACGCAGGCAACGCGGCGAUCGCGCGCGCCGCGGAGGCCGCGUGGCUCAGGUCCGCCGCGUGCGCCGAGACGGACCGGGACCGGGAGCAGAGCAAGCACGCCAUCGCCGUGGCCGCCGCCACCGCCGCCGCGGCGGACGCGGCGGUGGCCGCGGCUCAGGCGGCCGUCGCCGUCGUGCGCCUCACCAGCAAGGGACGCCCGCCGUCUCCCGUCGUCCUCGCCGCCGUCAGGAUCCAGACGGUGUUCCGGGGAUUCUUGGCGAAGAAGGCGUUGCGCGCGCUCAAGGCGCUCGUGAAGCUGCAGGCGCUGGUGCGUGGCUACCUCGUGCGCAGGCAGGCGGCCGCCACGCUGCAGAGCAUGCAGGCUCUCGUCCGCGCGCAGGCGGCCGUGCGCGAGAGGCGCGCCGCCCUCCACCACCAGCCCGUCCGGCCGCGCUACUCGCUGCAAGAGCGGUACGCGGACGACACGCGGAGCGAGCACGGGGUGGCGGCGUACAGCAGCCGCCGGCUGUCGGCGAGCGUCGAGUCCCCGUCGUACGGCUACGACCGGAGCCCCAAGAUCGUGGAGGUGGACCCCGGCCGCCCCAAGUCGCGGUCGUCCUCGCGCCGCGCCAGCGCCCCGCUGCUGGACGCCCGCAGCAGCGGCAGCGGCGGCGGCGAGGAGUGGUGCGCCAACAACCCCGCGUCCUCGCCGCUGCCGUGCUACCUGCCCUCCGGGCCGCGGCGCAUCGCCGUGCCGACCUCGCGCCAGUUCCCGGACUACGACUGGUGCGUGCUGGAGAAGGCACGGCCGGCCACGGCGCAGAGCACGCCGCGGUACCUGCAAGCGCACGCGCCGGCCACCCCGACCAAGUCCGUCGCGGGCUACUCGCCGUCGCUCAACGCCUGCCCGAACUACAUGUCGAGCACGCAGGCGUCCGAGGCCAAGGUGCGGUCUCAGAGCGCGCCCAAGCAGCGCCCCGAGCUCGCCUGCUGCGGCGGCGGACCGCGGAAGCGGGUGCCGCUCAGCGAAGUAGUUGUCGUGGAGUCGUCCCGCGCCAGCCUGAGCGCCGUCAUGGGCAUGCAGCGCGGGUGCGGCCCCCGGGCGCAGGAGGCCUUCAGCUUCAGGACGGCCGUCGUUGGCCGCAUGGACCGCUCGUUGGAGGUUGCAGGCAGUGAGAACGACAGGCUGGCGUUCUUGCAGAGGAGGUGGUGACUGGUCAGGUCCGUCCGAUCAGCAAGCUCCAUUGGAAAUGCCAACAAGAUGACGAGAGGCUCUUUCAGGGAGUAAUUGAGAAUAAGAACGUUUUCAUGUGUUCCUGCGAGUGUUCUCGUCGUUUUUCUUUCUCUUUUUCUUGUUUUUGCAAUGUGAUCAAUCAUGCGACUAGUGUUUCUUUUCUUUUUAUCAGUGGCCAACAAGUGUAUGACGGAAAUUUGAUUCAUACUGCACUUGGCAUGUAAAUCCUUGCUCUUAUUAAUGCUGUUCUUGGAUUGUGUCCUUGAUGGCUUUCUUU